AGUUACAGGUGGUACAACGGCAAUUUGUGCUUUAAAUGGACUUGUAGGUAUUUCAGAAGUUACGACUUCGACUUGUACAUCAUCAUCUCGUAUUUCCAAAGUGUCUUCACCUGAAAUUAAAUAG